GUAGUAUGUAUGUUAACAGCUGGACAGUUUAUAAAGGAUCUUUCAGGCUGAGCUGGAGGCAUACAUCAUGGCAGCUCUCAGGACUCUUAUUGUUCUAGCUAUAGCUGCAGGUUGUUCCUGCAGCUGGAGUUCUGACUGCUCAUACUUCGGACUCAUGAAUCACCUGAACCUGGCUACAUCAAAUAAAGUUCUUGAGAUUGUGCGUCCUGUGAAAAACUGGACCACAACCACACUUGUUCAGCUUGGCAUGAUUCUGGACGCCAUUUUAGAAGUGGAUGAGAAGUUACAAACUGUCACAAACCACAUCUGGAUCAAAAUGUAUUGGAUAAAUGAAUUUCUGACCUGGAAUUCCUCUGAGUUUUGUGGGAUGGAUAUACUGACCAUUCCAAGUUCGAUGAUCUGGAUCCCAGAUAUAAUUAUCCAGGAGGAUGCCUCUGAUAAUAGGGGUUCUCAAGACGAUGCUCUAGUCAGUGUGCUUUCAAGCGGGCUGGUCCGUGUGAACACACGGCUCCAGCUGACCUACGCCUGCAAGUUCGACCUCUACAGAUUCCCAUUUGAUACACAAACUUGCAACAUCACAUUCUCAUCCGUGAAUUAUGAUGAAAAUCUUGUGAAGCUGGGAAAACUCACAAAUGACACCAUCCUGACAGAGGUGUCUGACCAGAAAAUGCUGACAGACGGAGAAUGGAAACUUGUUAACAUAGAAAGCAUCAUUUCCACUUCUGUCACACUGAAAAGUAAACUUGUUUACAGGAUCUCCCUCCAGAGGAAGCCAUUUCUUUACAUAAUCAAUUUAAUUUUGCCCCUGUUGUUUUUGCUGGUCCUGGAUUUGGCCUCUUUCUUCAUCAGUGGUGGUGAGAAGUUAGGCUUCAAAAUGACGAUACUCCUGUCCAUCUUUGUCUUACUGCUGAUUCUGAAAGACAUUUUACCAUCCACUGAAGACACACUGCCAUUGAUGGCCAUCUACUGUGUCUUAGUUUUCACCCUGGUGUGGAUUAGCGUCCUGGAGACCAUGCUGAUAAGCUUCUUAAAGAACCUCGCCUGCUCGGUUGGUGAAGAAACCCAUAGCUCUAAGAUCUUUAAAGUGAAAACACAGCAGGAAGAGUCUGCAGGAGCUGCAGGUUCAGCUAAACCAGAAGGGAGUAACCCUCCAAUGGAUCCGCCAGGUGGUCGAGGCCUGCUGAAACUGAUCCUGGACAAACAGAAACCAGCUCAAAACAACCCAGAAAGACAGACAAACGAUGUGGGAAAGUUUAGUUGCAGCAGGCUUAGGCUGGUUAAAAUAUUUGACUCUGUAUUAUUUGUCCUAUAUUUUACUACUGUUGUGUUUUCUCAGAUCUUUAUAUUUACUCUUUGGAUCUUUCCAGUCAUCCAGAACCAAUAACAUGCUUGUCUAAAUCUUCUUCCAGUGCACAAUUUUAGAGAAUUUGCUUAAUCACUGUUAACACUGUUAAUCACAUUGGUUAGUAAAUGACUAAAUAUCAGAUAAGUCUUUGAAAUAUGUAUUGUUAUUUUUUUUUAAAAGCGUGAAUGCACCCAUCCAUCCAUCCAUCCA